AUGACGACUUCUAUAGACACCGCUACAAUCUCAGCCAUUCAAACCGCCGAAUCACUUGUCGUCUCUGCUCCCACGGGCUACGUUUCCCUGGACACACUCAACGAACUGCUUGGAUCCUCUGUCCAUACAUGUGAACGACAGGGCCUCACGGACCCUCAGACUGACUACAACGUGCGGAAGGUAUACACGUAUUGUCUGAACGAAGGCAACAAUGGGGCUCGGAAGCAGCUUUUGACCCAUGGCGUUCUCACCAAACUUGAGGAGGUAUCCGGCGGACAAUACUUGUCUUACAGCAGUUUCGCUAUGUUUAAGAACAGCUUGUCCGCCUUCGUCCAAACAGUCCAGUGGUGGGUUGACUAUGAGUCAAAGAUUCACAUGUCCAAGAAGAGAGAUGACAUGCGUGCAUCGCUGACCCGCUUGAGGGACGACUGGAACAAAGCGUACCUUAAGCUUGACGAUAUCGAGAGGCACUAUGACCUCUGUGGUGGCGCAAACCCAGAUCUAGGAGCGAAAUUGUCAGCCGCUACCCGGGAUAUCGACAAAUGGAACCAAGCUUUCGUAGAAGCAAAUCAACAAGUCGUUGACGACACGGCAAACACACAGGAAAGAUCACAGGGUACGAUCAUCGACCAGGCAUCUGGGUCAUCCGACGUAUCCUCAACAGCUUACGCCUCCAAUGAACCCACGAUUGAAUCCCCGGAAUCAUUAAGAACGGUCGGACAGAUUUACACGUCUGCUUUAGACGAAGUGAUUGGAAGGAUACGGACACAUCCGACAGAGGUUGAUCAGGUUGCCCGGGAACUACGAUGUGGGGAUGAGGUUCAUAGUCAUGCCUGGGACUGUCUGCACAAAGCAUGGAAUCUAUUGAAGACAAAUUUAGGGCAACCGGUCGUCGAACGAUUGACACUCGCCAACCCCGUUGGGCUAGAACGCUCCAAGCGGUUCAAGGAAAGAUUCGACACCCUAGUGGUGUUAGCCCAACUCUACUGCCAACUGCAACAAGCCUGUCCCGUGAGGGGGCCGGUUGCAGAUCUGAUGGAACACGAAGAGGCCCAGCUGAAGGACGUCGGGAAGGAAUUGGACAAGCUGCAGGUCCAGUGCGACAUUGCCAAUGGAGACGAGGUACCCGAAGAUUUUGACCUAGUACAGGCUGUCUCACAGGUCGAGCAGACGUUCACAAAGAUAUGCGAUGACUACAGGCGGAAGAUCGGAUGGAAGGUAGAUGUUUGGGAUUGGAGGAGACGGGAACUUGCGGAACAAUAG